AUGUUCAAAAGCACAGUCCAGCGGUUUCCGAAUCGAAUCGCCGUUGAAGACUGGUCGGGUACCCCACCAACGAAGCAACAAUAUACUUACUCUGAGCUUGAAAACGCCUCGGAUAAUCUUGCAAUGACUCUUCAAGCCAAUGGAAUUCAUCGAGGAUGUCUCGUUCCGAUUCUCACUACGCGAUCGAUGCCAAUGGUUAUUGCCGUUUUAGCCGUCUUGAAGACUGGAGCGUGCUAUGUACCCAUCGACCUCUCAGCCUGGGGGGCCGACCGCAUUGAAGUCACGUUAAAAACCGUUGGUUCCGCCAAAGUUCUUUGUACUGAGUUGUCAAGUACUAUUCCUGCUGGGUAUGAAGUUAUUCAUUUUCUUGCAGCUGAGGCUGUGUGGACUCCAGCGUUAGAUUUGAGCUCCCUUGAUUCGCCAAUGCCCGAUGAUUUGGCCUAUAUUAUAUUCACAUCCGGCUCAACUGGAAGGCCUAAAGGUGUAAAAGUUGCACAUCGCUCGAUGGUGGCCUACGCCUACGAGAAUGGCGCUGGCUCGCCACUGAAAUUCGUUGUGACAGCCGAGUCACGGUGCGCUGGUGUCUUUUUCUCAUGUCUGGGCAAUGGGUCCUGCCUCGUCCUGGCAAACCCUGAUACCUUUCCCGAUGCUGCCAAAGAGUGCACCGAUCUUCCCUUAACCCCCAGCAUCUUGUCCACGCUUGAUCCUUCAGACAACUAUGAAAGGGUAAAGACAAUUAUUUUGGGUGGUGAAAAGGCCCCUGAUUCUCUUAUCGAAGCUUGGUCCGCCCCAGGACGUACAAUAUUCAACGCAUAUGGACCUACCGAAGCUACCUGCGUCACACUAAUGGCAGAACUUGCUGUUGGUCAGCCACAGACUCUUGGAUUCGCCCUCCGCGGGGCCUUCGUUAUUCUACGGGAUGAAAAUGGAAACGAGGCCGAUGCUGGAGAGAUUUGUAUCGGCGGUGCUGGAGUUGCCCUUGGGUACUUUCAAGACGAGGCUCGGACAGACCAAUCUUUUAUCACAUACCGUGGUGAAAGGCUCUAUUGCACUGGAGAUUACGGUCGUAUGUCCUUUGCCGGUGUCGUUUUUGCUGGUCGCAAAGACAGCCUCGUCAAGAACCGGGGAUUCCUUAUCAAUCUUGAGACAGAGGUUGAGCCACUGCUGCUGGAUAUGCCGGCCGUCGAAAUUGGCAUCGCUGUAUCGGUCGAAACUCGCCUCUAUGCAUUUGUCUGCCCGCCCUCUGCCGCGAUAGGCCUUCGCGAAAAUUUACUGCAGGCAGGUCGAUCUCCAUUCCUGGUACCUGAUAGGAUCGUCGGCAUAGACAACCUGCCUCUAACCAGCAAUGGUAAAAUCGACCGCAAGGCACUCGUGGCGCUCUUGGACACACCAAAUCUUUCGACUGCCAAAUCGGAUCCAAAUGAAGAUCUUGGGCCAGAAGAGGCUGUGCUGAAAGCUUUUUCGGUUGCCCUGAAGCUUCCGGAAUCACAAAUAACUGCGCUGUCGUCUUUCAGGCAACCUUCAAAUGCGGAUGGUGCAUGGGACUUUGCGAGAUCCCUCGCCAACUAUCUGAGACUGGGAAUUACUUUUGCUCAUGGAUCUCUACCAGAACUCAAACGUUCCUGGAUAUCCGCCUUUGCGGCUCAUAGCUCACUUCGAACAACAUUCCUGCUUUUAGGCGAGCGAGGAGCACAACUUAUCCACCAACACGUCAAUCCAAGCUGGGAGGAGAUACCGGUGCAAGAAUUACCCAGUGAGAAAGAAUGGCGUACUUUACAAUAUCUGUCUAGCGAGGAAGCUUUAUCGACUCCAUCCUACCCGCAUGUUCAACCAUUCGUUGGGUUCCGAGUCUAUUAUGCACCCCACGGGGCCACUCUGGUCACCCUGACCAUACACCACAGCUUAAUAGACGGGUGGUCAGCAGUGAACCUAAUUGAUUCUUUCUCUCAGGCAGCUGAGGGUUGCAUACCGUCUCUCCCACUGCCUGAGUUUCACCAGUUCAUCAAGUCUAUCGACCAAUCCCAUCUUCUAGUUGAAGAGAAGGCUCAAACCUUCUGGAAAGGAAGUCUAGGGAAUCUAGAUCCUAUUCCUCGUUUGACUUUGCCUGUCCCGACUAUCCCCACCUCACUGGCAAAGAGAGAAGAGAUCUGUGUCUCAUUGGGAACCACAUCAGCCGAACUGGAAAUCCAAUCUUUGCGUGCCAAAGUAACCCCCGCCGUGCUACUAUAUGCCGCGUGGUCAAUCGUUCUCUCGACAUACUCUGCUUCAGCAGAAGUAAUCGUAGGAGCAACUCUGGCAGGUCGUUCAUGGCCGAUAUCUCAUAUUGAAUCCGCCGUGGGCCCAUUCGUCAACACACUGCCCCUCCGGGUGCAAAUUGAUGAAAAAGAGUGCUCUGAGCAAUUUCUCCGAAAGGUUUUUAGAACACUUUGCCAGAUUUCCGACUAUCAAGGGUCAACAAAUUCUUUCAUCCAGACUGCGACAGGGAAAAAAGCGACCGACUUUUAUGAGACAAUAUUCGCCCUUCAGUAUGAUUUUCCUCCCAUAAACAGCUGGAAGGCUGAUACCAUUGCAAAACCCUCCUCAUUCUGGACCACCGACUCAUCCGGAGCAAAGCUGAAUGUACUUGUUGAAGACUCUUCAGAAGGACUGGUCGCCCGGCUUGUAUACCACACUGACAGUUUUACCGCCUCUGCAGUGGAAGGUAUGGGUCGGCAUCUCCAAAAUGCGCUUGAAUCAUUCAUCACGCAAGACCUUUCUCGACCUGUUUCUCGCAUCCGUGAUCAGCUACUCAAACCUGCUGAGAUAGACGCACUUGUCCGCAAUUUCCCCCGAUUUGACGAAAAGUAUUUGGGCGCUGCAAAUCUGAAAGAAGCCUUCGAGUCAAUGGUGGAUCGUGUGCCUGACUUACCAGCAUUGGAGUCGCCAAAUGGUGAUGUCUUGACUUAUCGGGAGCUGGAUCGACGAAGCAAUGCAGUAGCACUUGAAAUAAUGCGACUAGAUACCAACAGCCCAUUUGUGGCUGUUCAAGCAGACGGCUCUGUUGAAUGGGUUGUGGCUAUCUUUGCGACUAUCAAGGCCGGAUACGCUUAUUGUCCCAUCGAUGUUAAGUAUGGCCGGGAUCGUCAAAAAGUCAUGUUGGAUCUUGCAGAAUCCGACGUCAUAAUCUAUCCGACAGCUGGUUCCAUUCCUUUGGAUUCUCUCCGACCAGACAUACGGGUGCUGACAGUGGAAACUAUCCUCGAUGCACUUCGCGAAAAUGAAGUUGCGCGCUUUGAGACGACGAUUCCUGGUGAAAGAGUCGCCGCCUUGAUUUUCACUUCAGGUAGUACCGGGGUUCCGAAAGGGCAGGUGUUCAAAUCCCCCCAUCUCAAUCUCUUGUCAUCUCUCGGUCAUGAAGCCGGUCGGAACCAUUCGCGUCCUGGUCAGCGAAAUGCACAGUUGCUAGCAUAUGGUUUCGAUGGAUGUCUUCAUGAGAUAUUAGCGGCACUGCUAUACGGUGCCACAUUGGUACUCAAGGAUGAGAACUCCCCAAUGGCUCAUCUGCGCCACGUCGACGCUGCUGAUAUUACACCAUCUAUGCUUGCAACUCUUGACCCUGAUCUUCAUUCCAAUCUGAAAGUGCUUUCUGUGGUGGGUGAGGUACUUCCUCAAGAUUUGGUUGAUCAAUGGGGUAUUGAAGACCGCAUUCUGUUGAAUGUCUACGGCCCAGUAGAGACAACUAUUGCUGUGACUUGGGGGUAUCAAAAUUCUGGACAACCAGUUACAAAUGGACCGCCUGCACCACGCACUGCCAUCUAUAUUGUUGAUACAGCCAACCGUCCCGUCCCGGUCGGAUGUACAGGAGAGAUCUUGAUUUCUGGGAUCCAGGUAACGCCGGGUUACCACAAAUUGCCCGAUCGCACUCUGCAGUCUUUUGUCCCAGACCCUUUCCUCCCGGGACAAACUGUGUAUCGCACGGGUGAUGUAGGAAGAUGGACUCCAGAUAUGAAUCUCCAAGUGAUCGGCCGCAUGGACUCCCAAGUCAAAGUACGGGGAUUACGUGUUGACCUACAAGAGGUAGAGCAUAUGAUUACAAAGGCUUUCAAUGGAAUUCAGUCCAUUGCAGUGGUCUUUAGCCGCGAGCUGGCCACCCUGACAGCAUUCGUGACUCCUCAAGAUAUUGACAUGCACAUGCUGCAGCAAAAGAUUCGCAGCAGUCUGCCAUAUCAUUGCCAGCCUACCCGAGUCGUUGCCUUGGAAUGCUUUCCCUUGAAUGUCAAUGGGAAGAUUGACAGAUUAGCAUUGGUUGCCAUGCCCGUCGAGUCGACGACAUCUACAGUGCUUCCAGAAACAGAAAUGGAGCGUCUAGUUGCACGGAUUUGGGAAGAGAAGCUGCCUCAGUCUCAGGUGGGGGCUCUAGACAAUUUUUUUGAUCUCGGUGGUCAUUCCCUGCUGCAGAUAGGGGUCGCACAGCGACUGACCGAAGAACUGGCUUAUCGCGUUCCUUUGCGCAUGGUCAUCGAAAAUAUUGUCCUGCGUGAUCUUGCAGCAUCUCUGGAGACUAAAGCCAACCACGAUAUUUCCGAUGAUUUUUAUCCCUUCCGUCAAACGCGAGAAGCACCUCUAUCUAUCACAUCUGCACUGGAGGAUGAGGUCUAUACUGUAUGGGAGCAAAACAAGAAAUCCACUGCGUGGAAUGUGGCACUUGCGAUGCGAUUCACCGGGUUGCUAGAUCGUGAUCGCCUCUGGAACAGUUUCUCUCAAGUCAUCAAUCACUAUCCCGUAUUGCUGUCUGAGUUCACUCCCGUCGACGGCAUCCUCCGCCGAUCUAUUCGAGCAGACUUUGGUGGGCCAAUUCAGCUUCGAGCUACUUCAUCUAUUGACAGUGCUAUCACUGAUGAGAUUAAUCUUGGAUUCGACUUGAACAAUGGACAGCCUCUUCGUGUUCGAUGGAUUGAAGAAUCACCCGUUUCAAUCGUGGUAGUGCUUACAAUGUCUCACGCAGUAUCAGAUGGAACUACCAGAAGCCUUCUACUUGAUGCAAUCAGUGCAGCGUACAACGGGACUGAGGAUUACACAAGUCUUCCAGCCGACCAGAGCUAUAUGGAUUGGGCGAGCUGGUCUUCACAGCAGAAACUCGAUAUCGAGGCCGUUAAGUUCUGGCAGAAAACACUGGCCGGAUACGCACAGUCUCGUCUUGUUCCUUUGAAAAACAAGCCGCAGACUUAUGACGGACGUUGCCGGAUGUUAACAAUCCCACAAGAAGAGCGCAAAGCCAUCGCUCGACUGGAAUUUGACGCGGCGGCAACAAAGCACCACGUUGUACUAGCCGUAGUUUCACUUCUAUUGCAGUCAUGGGGUGAAAGUGACUCUUUCGUCAUUGGUGCCCCAUAUGCAAAUCGCGACAUCGCCGGGACCGACAAGGUUGUUGGUAUGAUGGUCGAUCGGAUGCCAAUCAAGGUGGAACUACCCACUGAUGGCAAUGAAACAUGGCGGUCUUUGGUUUCACGGAUGAAAGGGGCAAGCCAGCAAUCCAUUGCGCAUUGGAUACCGUUCACACAGAUCAUGAACGCUGCCAGUGAAAACUCCACUCAAGAGCAUUCCCCCCCUGUUUGA